GAGAAGGAGAGAGAGAGACGGAGAGGAGGAGGAGAAGGAGGGUUUGUGGCUUGGCCUAUAUCUUACAGUCUCUCUCACGGUCUGAGCCAUCUCAUCUACAACGUUUCUUUCCUCUCUCGUCUCCUCCUUUCUACUCUUUCUUUCCACCAUCUUUCAGCUCAUUCCUCCUCUUUCUUGUUCUCUCUCUUUCUCUCUGUCUCCUUGACUCUUCUCUCGCCCUGGUUUCCGAAUCAGAAACUACAGAUCCGAGGAGGUAGAGAAUCAGCAGUCAAUCAAGGCAUCAAAUCAAGGCAUCAAAUCAGAUCAUCACGUCCAGGGAGCAGCGAGCUGUAGGUAGAAAAGAUCUCCUUCGGUUGGCCGCCAGCCACCCAUCAAGUCACAGCUGCGGCAGCAUGUCAUCCUCCUCAGCCGCCUUUUCCUUGGACCACCUCUCCCCGCCUCCUUCCGAGCAGCUCUGCUACGUCCACUGCAACUUCUGCGACACCGUCCUCGCCGUGAGUGUUCCCUACACCAGUCUCUUCAAGACGGUGACGGUGAGGUGUGGCCACUGCACCAAUCUUCUCUCCGUCAACAUGAGGGGUCUUCUCCUCCCUGCGGCCAACCAGCUCCACCUCAGCCAUGCCUGCUUGACCCCGGCUCACCAUAAUCUCCUGGAUGAGCUACAGUGCCCACCUCCCAGCUUACUGCUGGAUCCAUCCAUACCGUGCAGUGGCAACGCCAACAACAACGGCAACCUCGUCCACAGUAACGCCACCGUCAACCACAACGACAGCAUCAACAGCAACUGCAGCACCACGGCGCCCGUGAAAGGUGUGGAGGAAGUGCUUCCACGGUCCCCGGUCGUCAACAGACCUCCGGAGAAGCGGCAGCGAGUUCCAUCCGCAUACAAUCGGUUCAUCAAAGACGAAAUCCAACGCAUUAAAGCUGGGAAUCCCGACAUCACUCACAGGGAGGCCUUCAGCGCCGCUGCAAAGAACUGGGCCCACUUUCCGCACAUCCAUUUCGGACUGAUGCCGGAUCAGGGUCUGAAGAAGGCCAGCGUGCGGCAGGCGCCGGAGGGAGAGGAUGUUCUUCCCAAGGAGGGUUUCUACGCCACAGCCGCUGCAAACAUGGGUGUCACUCCUUUCUAAGCGACCACGCACCGGACCGCACUCUGCCACUGCUACUGUUGUUAGGGUUGCUCCUUAGGGUUCCCUCCUCGUCUUUCCACUCUCUCUUUUCUCCUUCCGCUUGGUCUGGUCUUCAUGUCCGGUCGAUGGUGGCCGUGACGGGCGCAAACGCCUGAGGAAAAGCUCGGUAUGCUCGCUGCCUUUAUCUACCGACGCGCGUGUGUUCCUUUGGACCGUCUUAACUGUUUGGCAAGUGCUGCUACGUUUCUACUGUUCUUCCUACGUGCUUUCUCAUCUUGUCUCUGGGCUUUUCUCCUUCUCUCUUCUCUCUUCUCUCUCCAUGUUCUCCACCGGGCAUGCAUGCAAGUUAAAAAGAACCUUUCGGAUUUAA